UGAACCGCUCGACCCCCGGGACACGGUCACCUCACCGCCUUUCACCGCUUGUAUCGCCUCUGCAGCUGCAUUCUGCGAGUCGUGACUUAUUCAGCUGCACCACCAUUCAACAUGCCUCAGUCAAAGUCUCAAGACAUGGGCUCUGCCUUCAUCCAGACACAGCAGCUCAACGCCGCCACGGCCGACACUUUCCUGGAGCACUUGUGCCUGCUGGACAUCGACUCUGAGCCCACCACUGCACGCAACACCGGAAUCAUCUGCACCAUUGGACCGGCCUCUCGUUCAGUGGAAACGCUGAAGGAAAUGAUCAAGUCUGGAAUGAACAUUGCUCGCUUGAACUUCUCACAUGGCACACAUGAGUACCAUGCACAGACCAUCAAGAACGUGCGUGAAGCAUGUGAGAGCUUCGAGCCUGGCAGCAUCCAGUACAGGCCUAUUGGUAUUGCCCUGGACACCAAGGGCCCAGAGAUCAGGACUGGCCUCAUCAAAGGAGACGGCCAAGGAGAAGUGGAGCUGGAGAAGGGCAAAAUGAUCAAGAUAACUUUGGACGAUACCUACCAGGACAACUGCAGUGAUGAGGUUCUCUGGCUCGACUACAAGAAUAUUACCAACGUGGUGGAAAUUGGCAGCAAAAUCUACAUUGAUGACGGACUUAUGUCCCUUCAGGUUAAGGAGAUUGGCUCUGAUUACCUCAUGUGUGAGAUUGAGAACGGUGGCACCCUGGGCAGCAAGAAGGGAGUGAACCUUCCCGGUGCUGCUGUAGACCUGCCUGCUGUUUCAGAGAAGGACAUACAGGACCUGCAGUUCGGUUUGGCGCAUGGAGUGGACAUGGUGUUCGCCUCCUUCAUCCGCAAAGCAGCAGACGUACAUGCUGUCAGGGCUGUGCUCGGAGAGAAAGGCAAAGACAUCAAGAUCAUCAGCAAGCUGGAGAACCACGAGGGUGUACGCAGAUUUGACGAGAUCAUGGAGGCCAGCGAUGGCAUCAUGGUUGCCCGUGGGGACUUGGGUAUUGAGAUUCCAACAGAAAAAGUCUUCCUCGCCCAAAAGAUGAUGAUUGGUCGCUGCAACAGAGCUGGCAAACCAAUCACGUGUGCCACUCAGAUGUUGGAGAGCAUGAUCAAGAAGCCCAGACCGACCCGCGCUGAGGGCAGUGACGUAGCAAACGCCGUGUUGGACGGAGCCGACUGCAUCAUGUUGAGCGGAGAGACCGCCAAGGGUGACUACCCUCUGGAGGCAGUACGCACACAGCACAUGAUUGCACGUGAGGCCGAGGCAGCCACCUUCCACAGACAGCUGUUUGAGGAGCUGAGGAGACACUCCCAACUGACCAGAGACCCUUCAGAGGCUGUCGCUGUCGGAGCUGUCGAGUCAUCCUUCAAAUGCUGCGCUAGCGCCAUCAUUGUUCUCACCAAGACUGGGAGGUCCGCCCACCUGAUCUCCAGGUACAGGCCCCGUGCUCCCAUCAUCGCCGUGAGCCGUAACGCUCAGACAGCUCGCCAAGCUCACCUGUACCGCGGCAUCUUCCCCGUGCUCUACACUAACCCCUCCCACGACGUGUGGGCGGAGGACGUCGACAUGCGUGUCAACUUCGCCAUGGAUAUGGGCAAAGUCCGUGGAUUCUUCAAAGAGGGAGAUGUUGUCAUCGUCCUGACCGGCUGGCGUCCAGGCUCUGGUUACACCAACACCAUGCGUGUGGUUCUGGUGGCUUAAAGAGCCAAUGGGGCUGCUCUGCUUUCUCCCUUCAUCUAUCUUUCAUAGUGUCCAACACUCCACUACAGCUCACAGCCUGUCACAUCCAGGUUCCCAGAAUCCACACUCUGAACAUUUUAUCGUUUAAGCAAUUAUAAAAAAAAUAUAUACAAAUAGAGUAUAGCCUUCUUUAUAAUUCCACUUUGUCUCCAUUCCCUUCACACCGAGAUUCUCUUAUCAACCAGUCUUCAGGGCCUCAGAUGAAUACACCCUAACCAGAAACUGCUGUAUUUAUUAAUUCAAAUAUCUGUGUCAUGAGUGAAUGCAUCCAGGUUCUGUGUGCAUGCGCAUACAGGCUCAUGUUUAGGUGGGGUUGGUGGUGGGGCAGACUGAUCUCAACUGAGCACCUUGAUUAUAUUUAUUAAUCACACUCCUCUUCCGCCUGAAUGAACAAACUUGUGGCUUUCAAAAUAAAAGGGCUCCUCCUGCAGUGCCGCCUCAGCUCCACCCAAACAGAUCCUUGUGUAGUGCUGUUUGUAUGAAGUGUCCUCUCUUUAACGUCAGCUCUCACUGUAUUUAACCGUACGUGUUAGUGUUGCACUCCUAAUCUACUCCAAGCAAUGUUACAAUCUAUAUUAUUUUUGUGAAUGGUGACGUUUUGCUGUGGGACAUCCAAUACUACUUAUAUUUUGUCUGACAAUAGAGAAAUGUUAGUUUUGGAUGUCCUCUCCUGAGGUGUUUGAGCUAGUUACUGUAUUUUGUGUUAUUAGAUGUGUCAAAAGGCCUUUACAUUCUUCGUAUUUGGAUCAUAUCAAAGUUGGCACUUAUGAAUCAUGGGUCAUUAAAAUUGACUGACAUGAAUGAGCACUUUUAGGGAUGUUUCACAGGGGGCUGAUGCAGGGAGGGAGCCUGGUCCCUCUCAGUCCCAGUGGGUGUUGAGUGGGUAGAACCCCUUAGUUUCCUUCUCCACUACAUCAGUGACCUGCUGUAGUUGUCCUAGUGUGUCUAACAUGCUUUUGAUUGUAAUGCUUUAAGUGUAAGAAUCGACUAAAUGUUGUAGCUACGGUCCUGAGCUGUCCUAUAAGAUUGGAUUUCCAUCAAUAAAAGAGAUGAUCACCUGAAUUAA